AUGUCUGCGGCCGGCGCCUGGAGGAACAACAGCUUCAGUCGAGACCCUCCUCUGUCUGACCAGGGAGAAACCAUCAUCGGAGUUUAUCUACUACUGCUGGGUUGGCUCUCGUGGUUUGGGAACAGUCUCGUUCUGUUCGUUCUUCUCAGGCAGAGGAACAGUCUCGGUCCCUCUGAGGUUCUCACCUUAAACUUGGCCGUCUCUGACGCCUCCAUCGCGGUGUUCGGGUACUCCAGAGGCAUCCUCGAGGUCUUCAAACUGUUCGACCACACACACCUGUUCAUCGCACACAUCUGGACCUGUCAGGUGGACGGGUUCCUGACUCUGUUGUUCGGUUUGAGCAGCAUCAACACACUGACUCUGAUCAGUCUGUGCAGAUACAUCAAAGGAUGUCAUCCUAAUAAAGUGCGGAACAUUUCCCGGGGCAGUACGGCUGUGGCUCUGGUUCUGGUCUGGUCAGUGUCCGUGUUCUGGUCCGGAGCGCCGCUGUGUGGAUGGGGCAGCUACAGAGACAGGGGCUAUGGGACGUGUGAGGUGGACUGGGCCCAGGCGGAGGUGUCGGUUCUGGCCCGUUCUUAUAUUUGGGCCCUGAUUCUGGCCCAGUUCUUGGUGCCGGUUUUGGUGAUGCUCUUCUGCUACGUGUCCAUCAUCCGCACGGUCAAACGAGGACACGCCCUGUCCUCUGAGGGGACGCUGAGCGAGAGACAGAGGAAGAUGGAACGAGACGUGACCAUAGUUUCCAUAGUGAUCUGCACAGCGUUCAUCCUCGCCUGGGCGCCGUACGCCGUGGUCAGCCUCUGGUCGGCGUGUGGAUUCUCCGUUCCGAACCUCACCAGUAUCUUCACUCGGCUUUUCGCGAAGUCGGCGUCCUUCUACAACCCGCUCAUUUACUUCGGACUCAACUCCAAGUUCAGACGAGACGUGGUUCUGCUGCUGCCCUGCGCCAAGAACCCGACCAGGACCAAGACCGGACUGAGACCGGACCAGGGACCGAGGCGAAGACCCAAGCCCCGCCCCAAACUACCCCCAGACCCCGCCCACCAGCUCGAGGUGCCUAACCCCUACCCCCCCCUCCCCGAAGCCCACAUGCCCUCCCCCUCCGAAACCGGAUCGGACUUUGAGUGUGCACGGCUGUAG